CUAGUAAUCAAGAAUGGUUUAACAGUACAGGGCCCUAUCCCCCUGAGGCUCACAGCUAUGAGUUUGACUUCACCGGUUGUUGAUGAGGCUGACAAGGCUACACCAAGACAAGAUUUCCGUGUAGAGACUGUGGAUAUUGAAAUCCCUCCUGGAGCAGUUGGAAUGACCAAUAUUAGUCUGAACGACAUCAUUAUUGAUGAUAACACUGUGGAAAACCGCAUCCAGAGGUUCAGCCUGAUGGUGGAGGUAUCUGAAGGCAGAAUGUUCUUUGAUUCAGACAACUGCACCAAGAAAUCUGUUGAAGUGGCUAUUGAGAGUGAUGACACGGUCAGUGUUUCUCUAUUGCCGUCUAUUGUGGUAUUCUAUGAAAGUGAUGAAGGUCCAUUCGAUAUUUGUGUGAUUGUGAUAAGUGAAGGAACAGACCAAAACUGUCCUGUUGAGUUUCAAGUAAACUAUACUCUUAGCUUCACCAAGAACACGUACACCGAAAAUGGAGAUGGCGAGACAAUCCUUCGUGAUGUUACUGUUGAUAAGUGUGACAACAUGACGUGUGUCAAUCUCAAGGCUGUCUUCAACAUUCAGAAUGAUGAAGAAUUCCAUUUUCAAUUGUUUAAUGUGUCUCUUCUACCUAAUGCUGAAACUGUACCUCAGUCUGGGAUGUUUCGAGUCUCUACAGAUGUUGUGAUGUUUGAAAUAAGAGACGACGACUUACUUCAGAUUAGGCUGGAACACAGGGAAUACUAUGUUUUUGAGUCUACCAGUGCUGUCAACAUCUGUCUGGUAAUAGAAAAUGGUGGGGAUGAGGAUUGUCCAAUAGAUGCUUUUCUCUACUACCGUGUUCACACAUUUGGUGGAAAUGCAAGUGCGCUUGAAGAUUACAGAACAGUUGGUUACCCCUUUGGUGGUUCUAACGGUUUAAACCUGUUUGAAGGAUGUAAAGAGAAGAGCUGCUUCCAAAUUGAUAUUUUGGACUCAUCCCCUCUUCAUGAAGAUGUUGAAUACUUCGAGUUUGGACUGACUCUCGAGAAUGAUGCGUUCAGGUUUGCAGAGCUGGUGGACACACAAGGAAGAGUCUUCAUCAUACCAAAGCGUAUGUAGCUAGUUGUUUUUAUCGCAUUAUUAAGGAGUGUUCCAUGCAUCGAGCUUGUGGUUAUAACAUUUUUCUUUCUACAAAGUGAUGAAUUCCCCUUAGUCCUUCCCACUCUAAAUUCCUCCCUGUAGCUACAGUCAAUCUUAUGGCAGAAUCAUUUACUGGCAGUGAAGCAGAUGAGAAAGUUAAAGUCUGUGCUUCUCUCUCCAACUAUGACACCCGCUAUAAUAUCAGCGUAUUAAUUAAUGUGGUUCCUACUCUUUGGGAAAACCCGCAAUCUGCAGAUUAUGAUGACUUCAGCAAUAAAACCUUAGAGAUGAGGUUUAAUUCCAAUGGGGCAUGUGUUUAUAUCAUACUAAUUGAUGAUAACAUGGUUGAAGUAGACAGAGGGUAUUUUUGGGAGAGUUUUCGAGUCACACUUGAAUCACCACACAACAAUGUUCGGUUAGGAGAAGUAAUAUCAGCACGGGUUGGUAUCGUUGAUGAUGAUUAUAUUCUGGUUGAAUUAAAUCGUGACUUGACCAAUUUCACUGUACGAGAGGGAAUCAGUGAUCCAGCUAGAGUGUGUGCUAGUGUAGUGAAUCCUCUUGAUUCCGUCUGCCCCAUUCAAUUUGAUGCUUCUAUUGCCUUCCUUUCUGAAAGUUACAGUGCAGUACCUCCUGGAGAUUUCAGGGCAAUAGCCUUGCUUACAGCAAUCAAGCAAUGUGAUCAUACAGUGUGUGUGAACAUGGUCUAUCAUGAUGACAAUAUAGUGGAAACGGACGAGGUGUUUCAGGUGUAUGUUACAAAUAGUCCAGGCCUACAACCAAGCAUUAGAGUUGAUCGGACCAGAUAUGACAUAACUAUCAAGGAUAAUGAUGUUGUCACCAUUGGUCCUGACCCUGUCAAUAUCAAUGUUAAUGAAUCGAUGGGUGUGGUUGAAGUUUGCAUUGUUGCAGAAGAUGGGUUUGAUGGGGACUGUCCAGUAGGUUUUCCUCUUAAUCUGACACUUCAAAUCAGUGAAGAUUAUACUGAAAGUCUCGUAUUUGGAGAGUGUGAUGAAUUAGAUCAAUGCCUUGUGCUGUCAAUAACUGAUGAUGAUCGGGUUGAAGAAGACGAACAAUUGAGCAUUAUUCUGAAGAACACAUAUGAGAUGGAAAAUAUUUUACUCAGGAGUGGUUCUCUCACCGUCAUUGACGAUGAUGAGUAACGGUGAAGAAGCGCCAAAUUUUUACGUGGCUCACUGUUUCCUACCUAUACUAUGGCACUGUUGCAGAAGUUUCAGACCUAAUGAUUUGUGGAAUCCCUCAGUUGCAGCAUACUGUGCCAUAGCACAGUGGUUUGAGUCUUGCCUUUGUCUUGUAUUGUUUGGAAGAUUUGAACCUGUACAAGCUGAGUUGCUCAGUUGGGAGGGCACUUGCCUAGACAGCA